CCUCAGCGUGCUGAGCGGAGCUGACGUGCCGCUCCACAACGAUCACCCAAAAGAAAAAAAAAUUUUUUUUUUUUAGAAACCAAAAAUCAGUCUCCUGAUUCCUAUAUUCAAAUCGUCACGGUUUGGUGUUUUUAAAUCCUGACACCCAGUCGUGGCGAAUCGGCCAGCGCAACGUAAGAGUCGGAGCGCGGUGGCGCGAGGGCGCAGGAUGCUGGCGCACAAGUGUGCGGCGUCGCGGCGGCUGUGGAUGGCGCUGCGGUCUGCGGAGGCGCGUCCGCUGCUCCCCAGAUGCUCUCCCGCAGCGGCAGCCGAGGUUACGUAACAAUAACGGGAAAGCUUCCCCCCUUGCUCCCUGCGAGCCGCCCCUCCUCCUUGCGUGCCCCCCCACAAACACACGGAGCAGCCUCCGCCCGAGGUGUCCUAAUUUUUUGUCCCCUAGGUGGUCACCCGACCACCUUCCCGCCUCCGCAGGACUGGGGAGUCGCUGCCCCCUGCGACUUAGGUCGGAAGUGAACGUGUAGUUUUCGAUCGCUGCUGGGUGGUGUCGGAAGGGGUUGGGUGGCCCCGGACAUUGCUAGCCACGCGCGUCGCUUCGGCGCCCGGAGGCUCGCAGGCUCGCAGGCUUGCGUGCGGUCCGGGAUCGCAUCCACCCGUAACCCACCCACCCACCCAGCGCCAUGGCCAAGGCAGCCACCGCGGCGGCGGCCGCGAGUGCAAUGGACGUCCAUGCGGCCUUGAGAGAGGUGCUGAAGACCGCCCUGGUCCACGACGGCCUCGCGCGAGGAAUCCACGAAGCUGUCAAAGCCUUAGGCAAGGGCCAAGCCCGCCUGUGCGUGCUCGCCGCCAAUUGUGAUAAACCGAUGUACGUCAAGUUGGUGGAGUCCCUCUGUGCGGAGCACCAGAUCCACCUCAUGAAGGUUGAUGACAGCCGGAAACUCGGGGAAUGGGCAGGCCUCUGCAAAAUCGAUCGGAAGGGGAGACCCCGUAAAGUGAUAGGGUGCAGCUGUGUGGUGGUGAAGAACUAUGGGAAAGACUCUCAGGCCAAAGAUGUCAUUGAAGAGUACUUCAAAUGCAAGAAAUGAACGGCAACCACAAAAUUGGCGCAUUUUCUUUUAAGUUCCUAAAAACGUAGACAAAUAGCAUUUAUCUCAAAGUCUUGAGUUUUCGCCGGAAAUGGCAGCACUUUUUAGGUUCUCUUCCAAAUGUAAAUUUCGUGUAUUAUGUUCUUAUUUAUUCAUGGAAAUUUUCAUCUAUUUGGAAGUUUACGAACUGCAUGAGAUUUGGUCUAGCAUUAAGGUUUAAUUGACAAAAUCAUAUGUAUGCUGCACAAUGUGAUGUUUUGAUAUGCAUAUGUAUAUACUAUAUAAUCAUUUUGGGAUAUAUAUAUAUAUAUAUAUAUAUAUAUAUAUGUAUCUGUUUGACAUACUAAUUUACUUUGUGUAAAUACCCCAAAGUGAAUACUACAGUAUUUAUUUUAUUUUUUGAAAAUCUCCAUACUGUUUUCCACAAUGGCUAUAAUGCUUUACAUUCCUACCAAGAAUGACUAUUUUGCUUUUUACUUAAAUUUACUAUAUAGAUGUUGAAUUAAAUCUUCCAACACCUUCAUCGUCACCCAAAGUCCUAGAUUCACAGAAACAUUCCUUUUGAGGAAAAAUUGUCCCAGGAAGUGAAUUUCUACCUAGACACCUGUGAGGUCUGGAGAGUGAUCUACGGUAGGCACAAAUGAGUUUAUUAAGUAUACAAUAAGCAAAGGUAAGACAUUAAAUAGCCUGUAGGAGAUAGAAGCAACAGAUAAUAAAACAUCAGUUCAAGGUGCUCACCAUAUCCAGCAGAGGCAAACUGAGAGAGCAAACAAAAGGUGGCAUCCAAUCAGGAACUUAAACAUCCAGAAGUCGGCGAGAAUCCUCACUGAAGCAACCACCUCGAGUUCCAGAGUGUCCCCUUAGGUGGGGCUUCCGUGUAAAAGAACAAAUGACCGCAGAUACAGACACCAUCGAGUCAGGCUCUUGCAGCCAUCCAGCAGAAACCAACUGGGCCAGCCCCGAAAGCAAAAACAGAUGUCACCAUUUGAGAAUUCCAAGAGCAUGGCAUCCAUUCCACUGGUGAGCUUCCAUCCACUGGUGAGCUUCCCAUGGCUGCAUGGCUGGCUUUCCACUUUCAUCCUAGCCGUUUUUAUAACAUGGAGUAAACACUAGUAAUUUCUGUUAGAAAUGCUUCUCUUUCUAGCUGUUCUCAAGGACACAGCAAUUUUUGUUUUGUUUUUGUGUUUGUUCCUUUCUGCUUUUCUCUUCAGGUUGCAGAGCCACGGACCAGGCUCACUCAGCAUAGGGGAGGGGGGGAGUUUUAGGAUGGUUGACCCUGAAGGAGUACAGCCAGCCCUGCCUCCAGCUUCAGCUUAAAGAGCACGUGACACUUUACCAAUCAACGCCAUUACAACACCUGAGCCUUUUGAAGGUUAUUUGUACAGACUGCCUUGUCUUUGCAUGCUUCACACAUGAAGCAGGCUUAUGAUGCCACUGGCCUCCCCCGUUCGUCCCCACCUGCUCUCCGACCUGAGUCGCUACACUUGGCAGGUCUUGGUUACUGCUACUUCAAACCUGUGCUCUUACAGAUUUAUCUCUGAGUACAAUUGCAGAAAACACCUGAGGGUAUGGAUUCUCUUUAAAAGAGGCCAAAAGGAAAACUUUGCCACAUUUGUAAGUCAACUAAUAGACAACACUAUAAAGGAUGGGCAGCACACACCUUUGAUCCCAGCACUUGGGAGACAGAGGCAGAUGGGUCUCGGUUUUCAAAGCCAGCC